AUGAGCACUGCGACCAAACCAAAAGCUUCGUCCAUCCCUACUGUGUUGCCGUCGGACGCGGCGGAACUUGUCCCGUCGCAUGAAAACUUGGCCGAACGAGGCGCUAUCCUCAACCAACUCCAAGCCGGUAUUCGAACCAAGUUGACCAAGUACCUCGGUGGUGAGAUCAGGCGGUACCACGUGGACCUGAUGGGGGUCUACUGGUCGCAGCCCGUUGUGAUCGAAGCGUCGAUUGCGCGCUACCGAAAGUACAUGAAACUCGUACAGGUGACGCCGUCCAAGUACCGGGAGGUGCCGCCCAUCGCCUACAUUGCGCUCGUCAUUCAAGCCCACCAGACAGACCACAACGCGUACUUCAAGUACUGGCGCAAGGCCACCAAUGACAGUCUCUACAGUGAUUAUAGUUUCUAG